AUGGAGGUUUCACUAACAGGUUGUCUGCAGCUGUUGCUGCUGCUGCUGCUGCUGCUGCUGCUGCAGCAACCAGCAGCAGCAACGAAGUGGUUCCUCUUCGGCCGCCCAAGGACCCCCAACACAGACUGCCACCCCGGGGCAGGCGAAGUGAGAGACUGCUUCCUCUUCGGCCGCCCAAGGACCCCCAACACAGACUGCCACCCCGGGGCAGGCGAAGUGAAGCUGGAGGCGCAGUGGUUCGAGCAGCCGCUCGAUCACUUUGACCCGCUGCUGCAGGCUGAGGGCCGCACGUGGAGACAGCGGUACUAUGAGCUCCUCCACCCAGACCAGCAGCAGCAGCAGCAGCAGCAGCAGCAGCAGGGGGAGCAGCAGCAGCAGCAGCAGCAGCAGCAGCAGCAGCAGCAGCAGGUGCUGCCGAGGCCCAUGUUUGUUUACAUCGGGGGCGAAGCAGAAAUCGCACCAACUGACAUUACAGGAGGUUAUUUCUCUUGUCUUGCUGCUGCUUUUGCUGCUGAUGCCUUCGCCCUCGAGCAUCGUUUCUAUGGGGCCUCUAAACCCCUCCCCCGCUCCGACCCCACCAGCCUCAGGCUGCUCACUGUGCAGCAGGCUCUGGCUGACCUGGCUGCCUUUGUGGAGAAGAAACGCCUCGAGCGGGCGGCAGCUCAGCGCGUUGCUGCUGCUGAGAUCCCCGUCGUUGUCUUCGGCUGCUCGUACCCAGGUGCCCUGGCCGCGUACGCGCGUGUAAAGUACCCUUUUCUCUUCGAGUUUAGGGAAGAAGAACUGCGGCGGUUUGGCUGCGAAGACGUCCCCAUAGAAAGCGAUAUAGAGAAGGUUGCUUUCCUUUACUCUGUUGUUGAUGUUGUAUCUGAAGCGGUCCAGUACAACCGCCCAGCUGAACGUCCCUUAAUAGAGAACCUCUGCAAAUCCUUGGGGGUUGUUACCCCACACAGCAGCAGCAGCAGCAGCAGCAGCAGCAGCAGCAGCAGCAGCAGCAGCGAUUCCAGCAGCAGCACUGACAACACCAGUAGCAGCAGCAGCAGCAGCAGCAUCGACAGCAGCAGCAGCAGCAGCAGCAGCAGCAGCAGCUCUGAGCAGCAGCACAAGCCCGAGAAAAAGAAAAAAAAAGAAACAAAAAAACCUGGGGAUGGGGGGGAGCAGCUGCUCGAGGUUGGGAUUUAG